GUUGCGCCCGUGUACACUUGCGAUUGUCUGCUAGCGACGUCAACGAAAUGGCUUCACCAAAUGAGAAAACGCCAACCAAACGAAAGCGUGAAAAUAUGACUGAACAGCAUGUCCAAAUUCUGUGCGCAUAUGUUAGGGAAAAGAGGUCCGUGCUCUUCGGAAAGCCUUUGUCUCCCACUGAGAGGGUCUCUGAUCAGCGUAAGCAAGCAUGGGAAGAGAUAGCAAAGCAGCUUUCAGCGACCGGAUGCCCCAGGAGUGGGGAUGAUGUGAGGAAGCUAUGGUCGGACCUGAAGAAGAGAGCGAAAAAAUAUGAGGAUGACAAGAAGAAGACCGGCGGAGGCUCCUACAAGAUGAAACCGUUGUUAGAGGAGGUUCUCCUCACCAUUUGUGACAAAUCCUUGCAUGGCAUUAAAGGACAGAAUAGUGAGACUGGGGCAAAUCAACCAUGCUCACAGAACACAGAGGCCUGUAAUUUAUUGCACCAGAUGGGACAAGAGGUAGAAGAGGAUGGGGAAGAGGAAGGUGUGGAGAAAGUGGGAGAAGAUCAAGAGGAAGAUCUGGAUCAAGAUCAAGAUCAAGAAAAUCCCCCGAAAAGGAAAAAAAAAUUGGUAUCGCAAGGCAAUGUUACUGUAUACCAAGAGAUGCUUCUUCGAAACCAAGAAGCAAUGCUGGAGACCCAGCAGGGCAUUCUUACGACCCUGAAUGCCAUGUUAGGUGUCUUUCAGGAAUUUUUUAACAAAGAAAAUUGAUUUUUUUUUUUCUUAAAGGGAUGGUCCAGGCUGAAAGUAUGUAUAGCUUGAUUAAUAGAGUAGAAUUCAUUGAGCAAAGUGCCAAAAAUUUCAUCAAA